GACAUGUUUAUCCCUUUCUAUUUUGCAGAUCUCUUUCACUUAUCAUGAUUCUAGUUUCUAUAUUCAUAAAUCAAGUUUUAGAAAGAAAGAUACAUAGAAAUUAUAGACAUUAGUGCUAUAUUAAAAAUUAUUAAGGAGCUAGCUAGCUCUGGGAAAGGGAUGGGAAGAGCACCAUGUUGUGACAAAGCCAAUGUGAAAAAAGGUCCAUGGGCGCCUGAAGAAGAUGCCAAGCUUAAAGCGUAUAUCGACGAACAUGGAACAGGUGGUAACUGGAUAGCUUUGCCUCUGAAAAUCGGGCUUAAGAGAUGUGGGAAAAGUUGUCGUCUCCGUUGGCUAAAUUAUCUCCGGCCAAAUAUCAAGCAUGGAGGAUUUUCGGAAGAAGAAGAUCGUAUAAUUUGCAGCCUAUAUGUUAGCAUAGGGAGCAGGUGGUCUAUAAUAGCAGCACAAUUGCCUGGACGAACCGAUAAUGAUAUUAAAAACUAUUGGAAUACAAAGCUGAAGAAGAAACUCUUGGGUAAGCAGCGAAAGGAACAAAUUUGUCGUAGAAAAGGAGAGUUGCUAAUGAGGAAAGGGAGAUCAUCACCAUCAGAAAUUCCAUCAUCCAUAGUUGUUAGUGGCAACCACAACAAUCAUUCCCAAGAUCCUUAUUGGCCAGAGUUGCCAGUAAUGCCACCUAUGCGCCCCUCGAUUCAACACCCAUGUUUUGUCAAUGAUCAUACAUCCAUACGGAAACUACUCAUCAAGCUUGGAGGAAAGUUUGCUUCUGAUCAUAAUAAUGGAAACCAAUCCAUGAACAUGGUCUCACACAUUCCCAAUAUUGAUGUUUCAAAUGAUCUUCUGACAUCAUCGUACAACAAUCACAAGUUUAUUGCUAGUACAACGCCCGUUUCUUCUUCUUCUUCUUCAAUAUUGUUAAAUAGCCACUACAACAUAUUCCCUACGCACGAGGGACCUAGUGAUACUUUUCCAUCCAUGUUUCAUGAAACGUAUACCAACACUCAAAAGUUGGAUGGAUUGGAGUUCCUAUAUGGUGAAAUGUGUGAUGUAAACAGAAGUGGAAGCAGUAGCAUUGUUACAUGCGGAGAUAGCAUGGAUUGGGUUGAGAUGAAUUCACUAAUUAGCAACACCGCGGCUAGUAAUCUUAUGAACUCAUCCGCAUAUCAAGGAUCCAUUCAACAAGGAGUUUUAUUGCAAGAUUGUGCUUAUAAUGAAGAUAUCAAUACAGUGACGCAUGCUGCAGAUACGUGUGAAGAGGUUAUGAUCAAAGAAACAUUUACUCUAUGAUUCAUUGUAAGGACAAUAUUCCUUUAGUUUAAAUUGCUACUUUUACUUUUGCAAACUUGUACGGAGCGAGUUAUUCCACACACAAAAAUGUGUGAGAACAUAACCAAGUGUAUUUGAGUGUGUUUAUAUUGUUUGUCACAGUAACAGUUACAUCUA